AUGGACAUCCCAGAAGUGGCCAAGGAAGCGAAACCAGCACGAGCACAUCCAGUUGCACCAAAGGUCAACGAACUUGCUGAGCUACUCACCAGGUACAGCUCGAUGGCUCGGCUUCUAGCAGUAACAGCGACUAUCAAUAGGGCAAUCAACAGAUUCAGGAGACUGCCGACGCCCCCGGGACCAAUCCUGUUAACAAGAGAACUCAACGAAGCGAGAUUAUUCUGGGUAAAAAUAACACAAAAUCAGUACUUUGUUUCAGCCCUUCGUGUGCUUCAGAGAAAUCAACAGCUACCACGAGGUCACCAAUUAGCAAAGCUCACACUAACCUUAGACGAGUUGAACAUCAUGAGACUUGGGGGACGCCUGAAGAACUCAGACCCUGAAGAGACACACCCAAUAAUCUUGCCACGUCAGUCGAGAUUCACCACACUGGUGAUCGAAGAAGCUCAUCGCAGAACCCUCCACGGAGGGACUCAACUCACGCUGGCCUACACCAGACAAAGGUACUGGAUAAUCGGUGGCAGGGGCACAGUCAGAGCGUACAUUCUGCGCUGUGCUAUCUGCACCAGACACCGAGGGAAGCAGGCUCAACAACAGAUGGGUCAGCUGCCUGCAACCAGAGUAUCACCAUCCAGAGCAUUUCUCCACACAGGGGUGGAUUAUGCGGGUCCAUUCCAGAUCCUGAAGUGGAGACCAACGAAUGCACAGCCAGGACAGAUGCACAUUGCAGUUUUUGUGUGCUUCACAACUUCAGCAGUUCACCUAGAACUCGUCAACAGGCAGACCACGGAAGCCUUCCUAGGAGCCUACAAGAGAUUCACCGGAAGACGGGGCAUUCCAGCUGUCAUGUACAGUGACAAUGCCACCACGUUCACCAGCGCAGCAGAAGUUCUAGAAAGGCUCUAUCACCAAGCUUCCAGAGAAAAUCAACGAAUUCAGGCUGCUCUCGCCACUAAUGGGACACAAUGGAGCUUCUCACCACCUAGAGCCCCUCAUUUCGGUGGCAAAUGGGAAGCAGCUGUGAAAUCAACAAAAUAUCACCUCAAAAGAGUCCUGGGAAAGACAACAUUAACGUUUGAGGAACUCAACACCAUAGUGAUCCAGAUAGAGGCCUGUCUAAACUCCAGGCCAAUCUGUCCGAUGUCGGACGACCCAGAAGAUCUCCAAGUGCUCACACCAGGACAUUUUUUGAUAGGUGAGCCUCUCCAAGUUAUCCCAGAGUCUUCAUACGUCAACGAGAACCCCAGCAAAAUUCGACGAUGGAACCUGGUGACGCAGAUAAUUCACCAGUUCUGGUCCAGGUGGUCCAAAGAGUGUCUUCAACGGUACCAGUCAAUCUACAAGUGGAAGACACGUCAACACAACAUAGAGGUUGGCAAUAUGGUGCUGAUGAUGGAAGACAGCUUUCCACCAACGCAGUGGCCAAUUGCCAGCGUCAUAGCAAUGAAACCAGGAGCAGAUGGGCUUACAAGGGUAGCCAAAGUGAGAAUCACCAAGGUAGAAGUCGGCACGCAUCCAGACGGGUCACCAAACCUCCAGAACAUCAAAACGACCCACUCGGAGUUUGAUCGACCAAUCGCCAAGCUCUGUCUGUUGCCAACAGACCCACCACCACCAGAACAGCCUCCAGAAGAAGAUCAACUAGAGGACGAAGAAGACCAACAGAACGACAACCAGUAA